AUGUUCAAGCUCGUGGUGCUCGCUUUCUGCCUUGGAUACGCCUACAGCUGUGGCGUGCCAGCUGUGAAUCCCAAAGUCUCCAGGGUAGUUAAUGGGGAAGAUACCGUACCAAAGAGCUGGCCAUGGCAGAUCUCCCUGCAGUACCAGGGAAGCAGUGGAGCCUGGGGACACACCUGUGGUGGCACCCUGAUCUCUGACACCUGGGUCUUGACCGCCGCCCACUGUAUCAGCUCUUCAAAUGUUUACCGGGUUUUUCUGGGCAAAUACAGCCUGCAGACAGCAGAUGAAGAAGGUUCCAUUGCCAUUUCCCCUGAGAAGAUCAUUGUCCAUGAAAGGUGGAACUCUUUCCUAAUCCAGAACGACAUUGCUCUGAUCAAGCUGUCCAAACCUGCACCACUCAGUGACAGCAUUCAGCCUGCCUGCCUGCCCGCUAAUGGCGCCCUCUUGGCCAACAAUGCAGACAGCUUCGUGACUGGAUGGGGUCGUCUGUACACUAACGGACCCAUCGCUGAUAACCUGCAGCAGGCUCUCCUCCCAGUGGUGGAUUACGCUACCUGCUCCAGGUCCGACUGGUGGAGCUGGCAGGUCAGGGACACCAUGGUCUGCGCUGGUGGUGACGGCAUUGUUUCUGCAUGCAACGGUGAUUCCGGUGGCCCCCUGAACGUCCUGGGUGCCAAUGGAUCCUGGGAGGUGCACGGUGUUGUCAGCUUUGGCUCCGGCAUCAGCUGCAACUACGAGAAGAAGCCAACUGUCUUCACCAGAGUCUCUGCCUUCAUCGGCUGGAUCAACGAUAAAAUCGCCAACAAUUAA